GACCCAUGCUAAGGUAGAAGGAUGUACCAGUUUCUUUCAGCUGAAUUGUGACCCGUGUGAAUAGACCGUCACAAGGGGAGAACUGUUUUGGGCUGUCGUUUCUUCGGCUCUGCGGCUUGGCUGCUCGCGUUCUCCCCUGAACUGGCUGUGGUCCACUCUGUUGCGUGGCAGCUGAGCUAUCUCUUGAAUAUUUGCUGGAGGGACUUUGGAAGCAAAGCAGCGACGCGAGUCAGCGACUUAGCAGCAUGAGCACGCCGCUACGCCAAAUGCAGCCGAGCGCCGGCAAGGUUUCCUCUUCUCCUGGAAAGGCGCCAUCAGCUUCGGCCCGCCUAUCACCGUGCUGCGCCGCGCGGACGUCGCCGGUGCCCGCGCGCUCCCGGAGUGCCCGCCGCAGUCUGCAGGUCAACGCGUUCCUUACGCAACAAAACCCCUUCAUCCGGGUUGGCUUUGGGUCAGGUGGCAGCAGCAAGGACGUAGUCAGCAACCGGCUACAAGAGCUCCGCAACCGCUCAGAUGAAGCCGACCGGGAGUUUCUGCGUGAGCGCGGGGAGGCCGGCGACCAGCGGGGAAGUGAGGAGGAGGCGGGGCCACGGCCAGAGGGCGUUGACGGCGAGGACGGCCAGUCAGGAGCAAUGGCGCUGGCCGGCGGAGGGGUUGUGACGCCCCGCAGCCUGCGAUUCAUGGUGGCGGACCCUAAGCCCGAGAUUAAGCUGUUGCACCGCUUCAAGGCCGGCGGACCGGACCAGGCCUUCUGGCAGGGCUUCGUCCAGAAGUGCCGCAUGGCCUGGGGUGUGUUCUUCCCACCCACACCGGGGCUCAAGCCGCGGCCGCGCGGCAUCGGGGCGUGGGCCAACAAGAUGGGCAUGCUGCUGAAGGGCAGUGUGCCCGCCGACAACACCAAGCUUGUGCGCGGCCGCUCCUACAAGGAGGUGGUGAUGAGCCGGCUGCAGAUGGUGCUCAUUGCGGACCGGUGCGGUGUGUCUCCGGAGCAGCUGCUGGGCAUGAAGGAGCAGACGCUGGUGGCGCUGGCGGAGUACAUGGAGACCACCGGGGCGGGCGCCAUUGACAACGACCUGCAGCAGCUGGAGGUGCAGGUGUCGGCGCUCAAGCCCAACGGCGAGCGGGUGACCAUGACCAUCGGCUUUGCGGACAUGUUGUCGGACGAGGAGCUGCGCGACCCGCUGUCCUACCACUACGAGGACGAGGACCCGGAUGACUACUUCCUGCCCGAAGAGGACAACGACCGCGUGGCGGACAUCGCCGAGGCACCCGCCGCGGGCCUGGCGGCGGUGCGUGUCAGCGCUGAGACCGUGGCGUCGGCGGCAGCCGGAGGCGUGGAGACUGAGUAAGGUGCUCCACUCAUGCACCGCUGCUCGGCUGGGGAGAUGUGGGCGUGGUGCGCAGUGUCCUGAUUGGAUGCGCUGUGUUGUCCGCUGUGCAUGGGCCAGAAGUUGAAGAGCCGUGCAGCGCCCCAAGUUUGUAUUACUUGACUGUAACUGCUUAUUGCGUUGUUUCAUUAUGGCGGCAACGAGUCACGACAUUCGACUUGCUAGCCACGAACACAAAGACACGAUCGACAGCUUUUGACGGGCGCGACUUUGCAUGGGGUGCACCCGUGCAUGCCAUCUGGCACAUCAUUGUGCGAAGGUUUUGUACGUUAGUCAGCUGGCAUGUAUAAACAGAUGGCAGGUAGGGCAAGUUCAGGCGUGAGAACAAGUAGGUACGCGGUGACAGCUUGUUUGUCAGCGGCAAGUAGGUCUGAGGAAAUACAAGUGGGCUGCAGGCGU